AUGGGUGACCACGCUACCACCAACGACCCCUCCAACACCACCUUCGAGGACAAGGGCAAGGGCAAGGAUGUCCAGGACCAACACGAGGAUGACUCCAGCUCGGAGGAGAGUGACAAUGAUAACGAGGAGAUGAUCGAAGACGAAGAUGAGGACAACAACCUCGAGCCCGUCUCCCAGCAGAACAUCAUCCAGGGCGGCCGCCGUACGCGCGGCAAGAUCAUCAACUACGCCGACGUCGCCGAGCAGAACAAGGACGAGAUGGAAGACUCCGACGAAGACGAUGACUACCAGGGCGCCAACGACAAUGACGACGACCAGAUGCGCGACUAA